AUGGACAAGUCCGAUGAGUCCGAUAUUGACGAUUUAGACCUCGACGACCUGGAAGCGGAAUCCCUACCUCUCCACACGCUCCCAGGAGACGCCUCAUCUGCCAACGCGUUUUCCGAGACUCCGCGAGUAGCGCCACUGGACACCCCAACAAGACGACCGACAGCGUUCCUGGACGGACUUCGUGGCUUGGCUUCUUUCUUCGUCUACUUUUAUCACCAUCUUUCAUGGUUCUACGGACCCAUAGCACCCUUCGUCUGGGGUCUUGGCCAUGAAGGCGAAAGCUACAUUGUACAACUACCGUUCAUCCGCGUUCUCUUCUCGGGCGGAAAUGCCGCCGUGGCCAUCUUCUUCGUGCUGUCUGGCUAUGUCCUCUCCAUUUCUCCGCUGCAGAAGCUCCACGGUGGCCAUGUCCGGAAAUGCUAUACCGGACUUGCAUCAGCGGUCAUACGUCGUCCCUUUCGUCUAUACAUCCCCGUGAUUGGCGUCAGUCUGGUCUUUGCCGUGAGCAUGCAUCUUCCCUUUGGACUUGCACCGAUCGUGGGAUGGCCUGAGCCCGAAUCAGAUAUCUUUGCCGAACUCAAGCGCUGGGCACCCGAAACGUUGRGAGUCCUGAACCCUUUCCAGCUUUUGGGCAUCACAAAGCCUUGGUAUGUGUAUGAUCCUCCAGCCUACACAAUGGCCAUUGAAUACGCCGGAUCCAUGCUUGUCUUUGGUCUGCUCGUAGCACUCAGCAAAGUGUCAAGCAGAAUCAAGCUCGCUACAUUCGUUGUCCUUGGUCUGUUGUUCCUGGCUUUCUAUCAAUGGGCUUUCGCCAUGUUCCUGGUUGGCAUGAGUCUUGCUCUCAACGAUAUAGAGGGAUACGAUCAUUGGUUGAUGUCAAGAUUUUCUGGACGUGCCAUUUCCGCCAUUCAGCAUGUGAUAUUCUUCGUCGGCUGGUAUCUGCUUUCGCAACCUUCCGGCCCCAUGGACCCCAAAACUUCAUACGAGACACCAGGAUGGUGGACUUUGAGCCAACUAAUCCCUGGAAAUUACUGGGACAAAGAAUACUGGCGCUGGUGGAAUACAUGGGGAGCAUUGUGUGUAGUAUACGGCGUCCUUCGAAUCAACUGGCUACAGCGCUUCUUCAGCUCCCGUCCUCUGGCCUACCUGGGGCGACUGAGUUUCAUGCUGUACCUCACUCAGGCUCCCAUCCUGUGGACAUUUGCAGAUCGCAUCUUCCGGCUAUUCGGCCAGAUACAACAAGAAGAUUUACAUACGUGGUGGGACAACCGACUGCCUGUUCCCGAUUGGGGAAUUCAUGGAUUGACUACACGAUUUGUACUUUCGCAAAUCAUUGUGAUCCCGGUGCAGUUCUUGCUCGCUGAGCUGGCAACGCGCUUGAUUGAUGGGCCUAGCAUAAGCAUUGGAAGGUGGAUUGUCACGAAACUAGGAAUAGAGAAGAAGUAG